AUGCUUACUAACAGUGAAACCCUUUUCGCGACCCGACAAGCAGGCAUGAUCACCGUGAUCCGACAAGCCCCCUUCGCGCUGAUCGUGCUUCUUGAUGCGCUGCUCGCGAACGGCAGUGCCCCUGUCGCAGCCCAGAGCUAUAACUGCAGCGCAAAUCCCGCGGUGGCCUCGGUGACUCCCAAGUACGCGAACCGCUUCUUCCGGGUGAUCAGCACCAUCUCGAACCUCUACCCCAUUCAAAACUGGGCCGCGGACACCCGCCUCCAGCCGGUUCUCACGCCGCUGCGCACCGAAGGCAGAUGCAAGGCAUCAUGGGCCAUCACGGCAGUGAGCGCGGUGGAAAUGGCGUACGCGUUAGUGGCUGACUCGGUGCCCUCCAUGGCGCCCCCUCAGCGCCUAUCACUACAGCAGGUGCGGAAGCUACUAUCAAGCACGGGUUCUUAA